UUAAACUGUCCAUUACAUACAUAUGUAAUAACUAUGCGGCUGGUGGUUCGGGUGUCUGUUGUGCUCUCUGUGCUUUACAGCCAGGGGACGAACGCCUGUCCUGACGAGUGUUACUGUGAACAGUCAUCUUACUGUAAUGGGACUUCUGUACAUUGUGGUUCUAGAGGACUGAGCGGAGUACCAACUAACAUCCCCACGGACACUUGUUAUAUAGGGUUGUGGAACAAUGAUAUAACAACUUUAGAGAAUGGGAUUUUUGACGGAUUGACGAAUCUACAGAUCGUAAACUUGGGUUACAAUGACAUAACAACGUUACCAAAUGGAAUCUUUGAUGCAUUGACGAAGCUACAGGAACUAAACUUGGGUAACAAUGACAUAGCAACGUUACCAAAUGGAAUCUUUGAUGCAUUGACGAAGAUACAGGAACUAUACUUGUUGGGAAAUAAAAUAGCAACGUUACCAAAUGGAAUUUUUGAUGCAUUGACGAAGUUAGAGACACUAGACUUGGGAAGCAACAAAAUAGCAACGUUACCAAAUGAAAUCUUUGAUGCAUUGACGAAGCUAGAGACACUAGACUUGGGUAACAAUAACAUAACAACGUUACCAAAUGGAAUCUUUGAUGCAUUGGCGACGCUACAGAAACUAUACUUGUAUGGAAAUAAAAUAGCAAUGUUACCAAAUGGAAUUUUUGAUGCAUUGACGAAGCUAGAUACACUAUACUUGUGGAGAAAUAAAAUAGGAACGUUACCAAAUGGAAUUUUUGAUGCAUUGACGAAGCUAGAGACAGUAGACUUGAGUAACAAUAACAUAACAACGUUACCGAAUGGAAUCUUUGAUGCAUUGACGAAGCUACAGAAACUUGGAUUAUAUGGAAAUCCUCUAAUUUGCAAUUGUCCAUUAGUCGACAUAGUUCUCUUGGUGAAAAGAAGACGAUUACAGUGGAUUUCCCGUCCUUCCUGUCACAGCCCUGUGACUCUAAGAAAAACAUUGCUGAAGGACCUGAAACCUCAAGAAGUAGUUUGUGAUCCAGAUUUCACCACUGGUACUACCGACGUGGAAACAACAGUUUCUGAUUCCACCACUGGUUCUACCGACGUGGAAACAACAGUUCCUGAUUUCAUCCCAGUUUCCACUGAUGCAGAAACUGUCUUGUCGACAAAAACCGGAUUUGGCAAGUAUUCAACAUGUACCAGACAUUUUGAACAUUGUAUAAAAUUCUGAUUUGUAAAGUAGCAAUUUACAGUAUACGUCAAAGACACUUGAUGCAUGAAUUUAUCAGCAAUGAAUGACAUUGUAUCUCUUGCCGCUAACAUCAUUGAAAACAUCGAUUUGAAAUGGCCUUAAAGCUUGAAGAAUUCCAAUCCACCAGGUAAACUCCUUGUGUAUAGAUUGGAUUAUUGUCCAAUAUCUAAACUGCAAUUGGCAUCGGAAGUAAGUUUGUAAUUUUAUGUAGUUAUUUACAAUUAUUAUGACAUACCCUAUAAAUGCAUACACAUGCGCAUAUAUAUAUGUACAGAUAUAUUUCUAAUGUUAACAAUUGUCCCACAUACCAUUGUGUACCGUGAGUAGGAUCUAAAUUGAUGCGAUUUAAAAUGACUUCUAAACAUUACAUACAUCUGACAUCUGUUUACAUAAUCAGAUUUAUCUUGUUUGAUAUGCCGCUGAUUAAGGUGUUAUCAGUAGUACGUGGAAACAGUCAUCAUUCUCAUAUAGCUGGCAAUACGAGUCAACUGAAUCUUUGCGUGAUAUUGAUAAAUUGUAAAGUUGUGAUUUUUACCUGGGAUCAACUUGCAUACCAAUUUACUGUUAGUUAUUGUCUCAAAAGUAGCAUAUCAUCAUGUAAUUAGGAAAAAUGAUGAUACCUUUAUACAAUUCAAAUAAAUUUCCGUAAUGUAAUAUAUAUCAUAAAACAGCAACAACUUUUUUUAAUUCAUGUAUUGAAAUCUAUCAAACGGACACACUGUAUAAAAUGAAAAUGAUCAAUUAGAACAGCUCAUAAAUCAAUCAAACCACGGACGAUUCACAAAUGAACUGCUACCUAGAGACCGUAGGAUACAUGAAUCCCUGUCUUCAGCGCUAAUGGACCUUUAUAUCCAUAUAUUCAACUCUGGUGUGUAUUUCUAUUCCAUUUGUCAAUGCUGGUGAGUAAAACUAUUUUUCUCUCUAUGGAAUAUGCUACUAUAAAGCAAAACAUCCUUCACGUACCUAUGUAAAAAGUUACACGUUUACUUGUUAUGUACAAGUUUACCUUUUGUUUGGUGUCUAUAAGGUAUAAUUUUACUCGGUAUGUAUUUAUGAUGUCAUACCUUUUCUCAGUAUAUACAUCGUAUACGUUCACUUGGUAUGUUCAAGUUCCACUUUUACUUUAGUUAUAAGUGUACUCGGUGUGUAUAAGGCAUGCGUUUACAUCGUCUAUACAAGUUAUUCGUUUACUCGAUGUGCGCGUAUUUUGUCUGGAGAGAUGAGGGAUCGAAUAAAAAAUCACACUAUUUUCCUGUUUAGUACACUUAUUACAAUGACGACAAUAAUCACAAACAUGGAAUCCGGUAAGUUUUCAAUAUUUUUUUAUUGUUUAUUUCUAUUAUCGUAUUUGAACAUUUCAGGAGAUCAGAAAAGAAGAAGAUGUGACUGUUGGUUAAACAAUGGCGUGGUCUGCUGUGAUUUUGUGUUCUUUGGAUCGGUGCCAGAUAAUGACGGGCGGAUUAAAAUCCAGACACACAGAUGAGAUUAGAGCAUUCUACAUUCCGUACAUAAUUCAGAAGCUCUAUCCACUACGCCGCUGGCGUUGACGACAUCUGUUGAACAUAACCUGUUUGGAAGAUAAGAAAUCACUUCCUUAAACUGUCAAAUUCUACUGGUUACACCAUCUCCGAAUAUAUUUCAAGGACAAUAUGUUGAGAAGUGUGUACAAAUGAUGACUACUGGAUAGUACGAGAUAAGCAUUACAUCACCAGUAAGAGACGCACCAAUAUCGUCAUUUGAUGAUUUGCCCACUGGACAUGCCACGACUGCCACUCCAGUUCACUCGGCUGUACAUUGAAUUAGUAUUGGCUUCGGCUGGAGGGAGAGCUCAGACUCUGAUGGACUGGUCUCUCACUCUGCGGGAAUCUGUUGCUCUUAUCCGUUAACCACUUAUCAUUCCGAGGAACGACCAUAUCAGAACUCAUGAGUACCUCCACAACUAAUAGGAUUCAGAAGUAUUCAUUGUAGAUCAGAACUUACCAGUACCUCCACAACUAUAGGAUUCAGACGUAUUCAUUGUAGAUCAGAACUCACCAGUACCUCCACAACUAAUAGGAUUCAGAUGUAUUCAUUGUAGAUCAGAACUUACCAGUACCUCCACAACUAAUAUGAUUCAGAAAUAGUCUUAUCAUAUUAGGUGUUUUCACCCCAAUCUCAAAUGGUGUGGUUUAUGCAGAACCUACAUUCCCUAUGGUGAACUGAAAAUACUUCAAGUGAAAAUUGCCACAGGAUGACACAGAUAUCUCAUGAUGGAGACGUCACCAAAGCUGGUGAAGGACUUCAAAAUUUAGGCCUAUGCUUGGAGUUUACAGCCUUUGAGCAGGGGGUCUUGAUCCUGACAAACCUGCUGUGACACAGGGCCUCGGGUUCUGUUGUCUUAUCCGAAGGACCGCCCCAUUUAGUCGCCUCUUACGACAAGCAGGAAUACUGAGGACCUAUUCUCACCCGGAUCACGGAGGUGUAUCGGCCAUAAUCGGAUCCACAAAAAUUUAAUUCCACAGGAAACCAACCAACAGGACGGACACAUAAUUGUGUACACUCGAUUUAAGAUAUAGAUAUUAAACUUAAUUUCUAUCAAUAUGUUGAGGAGUGUAUACAUGUGAUAACUAUGUGAUGAUACACGAUAUACUGUCUGUCAUCGUAAAUAAACGAUAACAUACGUGUUGUAAUAAUCUGUGGUCAACUGGCGAGAAAAUUACGUUUUGUUUGAAUAAAAUAUGUUAUUCAGGCAUGGCGGAGUCGAAAUUAUUGGUUGAAACUUUCAUUUGUUAACUACCAACUUUGUUUCCUCAUGGACUUACCCAUCAUGCAUGUUUUAUUUGUGAUUUUUUCAUUUAUCCAAUGUUUUGAAAAGAUGAAACUCGAAGUAGUAAGCCACGGCUAAUAGAAAUCUUCAACACCUGUUUAGAGUUUGGAUUUUUAAUCACCACUGAGAUAUGACUGAAAUAUAUGCAACGCGACAGAAAACACCAAAGCUUCAGUUAACUGACUACAAGAGACGAUAUAAUGCACUGCAUAAACAAUAUACACACUUAAAACUGUAUUUAAAUCUAGAUCCGUACAUUCUUGAAAUCACAUAUCAAACUUAGGUAUAUGAUUGUUUUACAUACGGGGAGCAUUAUGCAGAUUUACAUUUCUCAAAUUUGAAGCUUUGAAAGCUGAAAAUAACGAACAGUGACCAAUCUCAUAAAUCCCACAAGUACUACAAAGUAGAUAGUUGAGCAAACAUGGAACCCUGGACACACCAGAGUUUGGAUCAUAGAUGAACCGUCUAAAUAUUCGUUAUGAUAAACAUUCAUUGUUUGGAAAAAAUAUAGUAUUCAUAUUUUUUAAAUUUUUGGUUGGAUUGCUAAAUAGCGCAUUUGACUUGAUGGGUAUAUCUAAUUUUCUACCAUGUCUUUAUAUGAGCAUUAUAUAUAGCCCUGGUUAUAUAUAUCAUAUUGUUACAUUGUUGGAAUAUCACAGAACAAUGUUUAUACGUUUUACAAGAUUGAGCAUGAGUCUUUUAAAAAUAUAAUCCAAACUGUAAUAAAAUUCUAGAUACAUUG